GUCAUAAUCAUGCCAGCUAGGAAGUACAGAAGGGAUACUAGUGAAGUGAGCUGUUGUCUCAAAUAUGUGAUCUUUGGAUUUAACGUUUUAUUCUGGUGGCUGGGUCUAGGUAUAAUGGCGGUCGGUGUGUGGGCGUGGAAGGAGAAGGACACAUUCAACAAUCUAUCGCGCCUAACAAAUAUCGCCCUGGAUCCAGCAUUUAUCCUCAUUCUAGUCGGUACGGUCACAUCCGUCAUUGGUUUCACUGGAUGCGUUGGGGCACUCAGGGAAAACACGUGUCUAUUAGCUGCUUACGCUGUAUUUUUGGGUGUACUACUGAUGCUGGAGCUGACACUGGGUGUGCUGGGAUUCAUUUUUAAAGACUGGAUUAAAGCCCAAGCAACUGGCGGCUUCCAAGCUUUUAUAAUUCAUUAUCGUGACGAUCCAGAUCAGCAGAAUCUCAUCGAUUGGAUUCAGGAGGACUGGCUGCAGUGCUGUGGGAUAGAGGGUCCAAAAGACUGGGAUAGAAACAACUAUUUCAACUGUUCAUCGAUUGAAAUUGGUUCUAGUGAAGCCUGUGGCGUGCCUUUCAGCUGUUGCAAGCGGGAGCCCAACGAAAUAACGAAAAACAAGCAGUGUGGAUACAACGUACGUAAACCUGGAAAUCCAGCAGAGAGGAGUAUAUUUGAAAGGGGUUGCCUGAGGGCGGGUGAGGAGUGGCUAGAAUUGAACCUAGUGCCAGUUGCUGGUACUAUAGUCAGCACAAUGGUCCUACAGAAUUCAGACGUGACGAUACAUGAGAAGGGUUGUAUUCAGGCUGGGGAGGAAUGGGUGGAGAGAAAUUUACUUGUGAUUGCAACCAGCGCUGUCGUCACGGCCUUCGCACAGAUCCUUGGAAUUUGUUUUGCCCAGAAUCUACGGGCUGACAUAUUUGCGCAAAAGGCAAAGUGGCACUGACAAUCACGUGCCCCCACGGCUGUUUAGCAUCUUGUGCUGAUGGAUGCUGAUCGAUCACGUUGAUUGAACGAAGUUCAUGAAGGGAAUUUGCCUAGUGCAGAGCAGCCUAGCGAGUUGCAAUUGUACAAAUACGGUUAUUAGGUGAAUACGAUUUUAAAUGGGAGAAUUUCGAGCCGGCUGGAAAGGGAGAUUGGGAGAUUGUGAUCGACAGGUGGAGAAUUGGUCGAGGAUUUUCACAGAGAACACGAGUUUUCAUUUUUAGGGAUGUAUCAACGAUUUUUAGGGAUAUACAUCUAUUUUUUCUGGAAUUCAGUGAUUUUGACACUAACGUUUAGUGACACACGAAAAAAAAUAUACUUGAAUUGAGUAUAUUUUACACCAGAAUGAAGCAUAUGCAUAAACCUGAUUCAAGAAUAAAAUAUACUUGAUUCAAGCAUAUUUUAUACUUGAAUGGGAGAUGGCUGUUUCAAUUCGGGAAUAAUUAUUUCGUAUUAACCCGGAUUGUACCAAGUACUCUCAAGUGUAAUAUAAGG